AGGUCAGAGCCCGGCUGUUGCUGAAUUUAACUUGCUCCUGAAAGCAUAUUCUUUGGAAACUUAUGGUGUUGAUCCUCAUCCUUGCAAGGACACAAUGGGAAUGACUACAUUUUUAGGAUUCACAGCUGCAGGAUUUGUAGUUUUCCAGGGGAAUAAAAGAACUCAUUUGUUAAAAUGGUGUGAUGUCUAUAAACUGAAAUUUGAAGGAAAGACUUUUUAUGUGUUUGGAGCUCAUAAGGAGAAAAAAGCUGUUCUUUCAUUCCAUACCUCUACACCAGCAGCCUGCAAGCAUCUUUGGAAAUGUGGAGUGGAGAACCAGGCUUUUUACAAGUAUGCAAAAUCCAGUCAGAUCAAGACCAUGUCCAGCAGCAAGAUAUUUUUUAAAGGCAGUAGGUUUCGAUAUAGUGGAAAAGUAGCCAAAGAGGUUGUGGAGGCAAGCUCUAAAAUCCAGAGGGAACCUCCUGAAGUUCACAGAACCAGUGUUACCCAGAGUCGCAGCUCUCCCUCCUUGAACAAGCAACUCAUAAUCAAUAUGGAACCUCUACAACCCCUCAUUCCUUCUCCCUGUGAGGAGGAAGAGAUUCCUUUAGAUGAAGCCUGGUACCAACACUGUGUUCCUGCUGGGCAGUUGCCAUCACUACAGAGUAACUGUGGCUUGCUGCUUGUAAGACCGCUGCGCCACGAUGACAACUCUAAGCAAUGCAGUCCAUUUUUGGAAACUGCUGACUUAUCAUUGCUAUAUGCUCACCAGGGAGUGCCGUUUUCAAAUGACUCUGUGCCCUGCCCCCUCCUUUCCCCUCAUAGUGACAUGCAUAUAAUUGAUUUUAUGGUGCAGAGGGAACAAGGGCAUCAGAUAACGAAGACUCAGAUGUCACAGCAUGUUGUAAAUAUUAAAG